AUGGAUUCGUUCUUCCAGUCUCGGGCAUUCGGGGCCAGAAGUUGGAGCUACGAGUCUCUGAAGAACUUCGCCCCCAUCGACGCCGUCGUCCAGAACCACCUCAAGAGUGUAAGGCCCCACUUUCUCCCCCUCUUAAUCUGGUGAAACUGGCGGCAUUGUCGAAGGAGGAUUGGUUGCUUUCGUGUCGAUCUCAUCCCAUUCCGUGGUUUUCUUUUUUUUGCUGAGCCUGGGGGAGGCGGAUCUCUGGCUUUCGACGCUUGAUUUGUCGCGAAAAGUGGUGAGGAAAUACGGGUUCGAUUUUUUAGUUCGAAUUUUCUUGGCGUAAAGGGUCAUCCUACCGGUUGCAUGAGGCCCGUGAUUGCGUUGAUUCUAUUCUAUUUUAACCCAGUCUUCUCGAUAAGGUCGUAUGAACUUUUUGCUGAAGUUUUCCUUCCGUAACCGCUGAUAUUUAUUCGGUACGGGUGAUUUCCGAAUAUCUUUUUUCUGAUCAGCUCAGGGAUUAUCCAGUUGUAUGUUUAAACGCUUAUCCUUUUACAGGUCUUCUUGUCCUUCUUUAUCUACUUCUUUUCACCCUUUUAUCUUGACUAUGGUGUUGCCUUCUGUGACUCCUUAAUCCAUUCAUGUCUGAAAUAAUUCCAUGUGGUUUCUAUAAACACUUUUUCGCACUCAGUGGUCGAUCGCAUAUCUUAGCGGGAAAGAGAACUUGAUUCCUUUUAUAUACUUAAAGACAAUCGGUGGAAAUGGCAGGUUUAUCUGACGCUGUGUCUCGCCGUGGUGUCCUCUGCUGCGGGAGCUUAUCUGCAUAUCCUGAGUAACAUUGGUGGAACAUUGACCACACUCGGGUGCAUGCUCUGUGUCGCCUGGUUAGUGGCCACUCCUGCGUAUGAAGAGGUAGUGCCCCAUCCUUGCCUGUCCUUGACAGUGGCUUUUGCCUCUUCUUCUUACCUGAUGUGAGUCUAUGUUGCCCCUUUCAACAGAGGAAGAGAUUUGGCCUUCUCUUGGCAUCUUCUCUUCUCCAAGGAGCUACGUUGGGUCCAAUCAUUCAGCUUGCCAUUGACUUUGAUCCAAGGCAUGGAUUAACUCACCUCAUCUAUAAUUUUAAUGCUAUGCGUUUUAUUCUGUUGUGGUUUUUUGCCAGUUCAGUGCUGUUUAUUUAGGCAGAAGAAAAGGAGACAUAUGUUCCUAAUUCUGAAUCUGCUUCCGUAUCUAUUAGCACGAUAAUUUUUUUUUCCUUAAUUGAUAGAAUCGCUAGCAUAUCUUGGCCACUGAUAAAGAGCCAUCAGCUUUUCUCCCCUUUGCCAUUUUCCUUCUGAUAUCGCUUCAGUCUCCAUUUGUCAUCCUGCGCCCUGCCUACUUUGUGCAUUUUCUGUGAUGCCUUUAUGUCGUCCUUCUUGCCAUUCCAUCUUCCUUCCCCAGCCCCCUCCUACACCACAUCUAGGAAGUAGGUACUUUGUGGGCCAUGGUAAGAUAUUUUUGUCUAUACGCUUCCUUCUUUAGUCAGAGAUGUAGAAAUCCAAAGAAAUCGUCACAGUGAAACUUGUGCAGAGGUUUAUAGGUUCUUCAUUUGUUUUUAAUAAAAGAAUGCCCGGGACUUACACACCUGACUGAUCAUUUGAAUCAGUCAAUACCUGAUGACCAUCAGGGGUGCCUUCAUUAGAGCUCUUGCUUGCAGAGCUUCCGAUUAUUUGAAGAACAGCACCUCAUCACGCCAUUUCUGCUUUGCAUACUGAUUCUUAACAGUUUAUUUAAGAAGUCCAGUUAAUUUCUGAUAAUUUGUAGUGUCUGCAUUAAUAUUAAUGUUAUUCUUCAAGUGGGUAAUGUCCAUGCAAAUUGAGUAUAGAUUGGCCGUUGAGGAAUUUCCAUCAAGAAGGAAAUAAUCAUAUGAACACAUAUUAAACUGGAUCACAUUUUCCCUUCGGAACAUGCAGAAUUCUCGUGACUGCACUUGUGGGAACCGCGGUAGUGUUUGUCUGCUUCUCAGCGGCCGCACUGGUGGCCAAGCGCCGCCAAUUCCUAUUCCUGGGCGGCCUGCUCAGCUCUGGUCUAUCUCUCCUCCUCUGGCUGCACUUUGCUUCGUCGAUCUUUGGUGGCUCCACCGCCAUGUUCAACACCGAGGUACCCAAUUUCACACCCCCCACUACCCGAUAGUUCAGAGCUCGUAGCCCCAACAGCAUCUCCUUCAUCUCUCAUUCAAUCUGCGUGAAUCCUCCUCAUCUGGUUCUGCUUGCUGUACUUGCAGAUAUACCUCGGCCUACUGGUCUUCCUUGGGUAUGUUCUGUUCGACACUCAGCUGAUCAUUGAGAGAGCCCGCUCUGGUUCCUUUGACCGUGUGGGGGAUGCACUGCAUAUGUACACCAAUCUGGUCGCUGUCUUUAUCCGGGUCCUCAUCAUCAUGGUAAGAUUCAUCAGAUAUGUACCUAGCUCCUAGCUAGCUAGAGAGAGAGAGAGAGAGAGAGAGAGAGAGAGAGAGAGAGAGAUCGUCCUUGGCGCCUGGGGACUGAAUUUGUUUUCUUUGUGUGGGUUUGUCAGUUGAAGAACGGAGCUGAGAAGGAGAAGAAGAAGAAGAAGAGGUCGCAGGCUUCCUGA